UGAAUAAUUUUAUCAGUAACACAGAAUUUCGUUUCCUGUUAAUACGUUUUUUGUACUCAUUCUGAUUAUGACGUCUGUUAAAGUUGUGAUUUUUUUCUUAUUCCUUUCCUUCUUAUUGAUUGAAAUAUCAGCACAAUCCACGACAGCGUCUAGCUCUCAAUCAUCAACUGAUUCAACGACUCAAUCCACGACAGUUUCAACGACUCAAUCAUCAACUGAUUCAACGACUCAAUCUACGACAGUUUCAACGACUCAAUCAUCAACUGAUUCAACGAUUCAAUCCACGACAGUUUCAACUUCUCAACCGUCAAAUGUCUCAACAGUUUGCAAUGCCAAUCAAACAUAUGAUCCACAUGCUGCAAAUCCUCUCUGCAGACCAUCUUGUCAGAAUCCUGAAGGAUAUAUCGUGUGUAGUCCGAUAUCUUUUCCAUCUUGUGUUUGUCUACCAAUGUAUGUCUUAAAUAAUGCAAAUAGUAGUCAAUGUAUUCUUCAAUCAGAAUGUCCUAAGUUUGGAAUAUAUCCCGCUUAUAGAUUAUGGCAACAAAUUUCACUUUGUGGGAUAAAUGAAUUGUACGAUGCAAUUGCACCACAUCCAGAUUGCAGAUCUUCCUGUGAGAAUCGUCAAAGAUUAUUGAUAUGCAGAAAACCUGGACUUUAUCCUGGAUGUAUUUGCAAGAAACCCUACAUUAGAUACAGAAUUACCAAUCAAUGCAUUCUUCCAAUCAAUUGUCCAAAUAUAUACCUUUUGUAUAAUAAUAGAUAUAGAAACAACUUCAAUAAUAAUUAUUAUUAUUAUAAUAGAUUUGGUCGUUAGAAAAUUACCACAUGGAAUAUAUUAACAAUAUUUAUAUUACAACUGUAUUGUAUGUAAUGUAAUAUACUUCAAUUUCCAUAUGUACAAAACUAUGUGAAAUUAUUAAAAUUCCCAGUAAAACGUUUUUUAGUGAACAAUUAUUUUGUACGUGAGAUUUAACAAAAAAGCAAUGAAAGAUAAGGAUUUCCUUUUACUAUUUUAUCAACACAACUGUGAAUAAUUUUAUCAGUUAUACAAAAUAUCGUUUCCAGUUAAUACAUUUUUUCAUUACUUUUUUGUACUCAUUCUGAUUAUGACGUCCGUUAAAAUUGUGAUUUUUUUCUUAUCUCUUCUAUUCUUAUUGAUAGGAAUAUCAAAUCAAAAAAGAAAAUGUACAGAGCGUAUGGAUGAUGUGCCAGAUUCAGUAAAUGAAGCUUGCCAACCUUCGUGUACCAAUAUAAAUGGAAUAUCACCUUGCCCUGAAACAACUACUACUAAUUGCGUUUGCAAAAGCCAGUUUGUAAGAAAUGAUGCCAAGAAGUGUAUUUUACCUACGAAUUGUCCUGCGUCAGAUACAACAGAACCGACUGUCACAACUGAAUCAACUGUUUCAACUACUCAAUCUACUACAGUUUUAACUACUCAACCCUCAACUACAACAACUCAAUCCACAACACAGUCAACAACACAAUCCACAACAACGUCAACUUCUC